CUCCGCUCUGAAUUGAGCUUUGUGAUGUCAUCUUCGGUUCUCCUCCCCUCCCCGAGUCACAACUAUGGAUAAGAGUAGUCUCCAACUUUGAGUCAAACGAGGAGAAGAAAGGAGGAGAGGAAGAGAAGAAAGCUGCCCUUUAGUCGAGGCUUUCCUCCAAAAUCACCACAAAUUCAGGCAUCAUGUCGACCCCGGUCUCCCCUUCCCCCUCCCUCUCUCCGUUGACUCUGGCCUCCCCUGCAUCGGCGACCUCCCCCGGUGUCUCCCCUCUGCCCUCUCCCCUCUCCCCUCCGCCCAGGGUGCCUGUCUUCCAGAGGAAGGGAGCGCUCAAACACAAGAGGAUCGUUGAGGUGAAAGACCACCAGUUCACGGCCCGCUUCUUCAAACAGCCCACCUUCUGCAGCCACUGCACCGACUUCAUCUGGGGCAUCGGCAAACAGGGAUUCCAAUGUCAAGUUUGCAGUUUCGUGGUCCACAAAAGAUGUCACGAGUUUGUGACCUUCACUUGUCCUGGCUCUGUGGCGGGCCCCAAACCAGAUGACCUGAAGACUCAGCACAUAUUUAAAAUCCACACUUACUCCAGUCCCACCUUCUGCGACCACUGUGGCUCGCUGCUGUACGGCCUCAUACACCAGGGCAUGAAAUGUGGCAGUUGUGACAUGAACGUCCAUCGGCGGUGUGAGACCAGCGUUCCCAGUCUCUGUGGCCAGGACCACACAGAGAAGAGAGGGCGGAUCCACCUGACCGUCAGAGGAGAGAAGGAGGACGUCUUCGUCACAGUGCGGGAGGCUCGUAACCUGAUGCCCAUGGAUCCGAACGGCCUGUCAGACCCUUAUGUUAAACUGAAAUUGAUUCCAGACCCGAAGAGCCACAGCAAACAGAAGACCAAGACCAUCCGCUCGACACUCAAUCCCGUCUGGAAUGAGAGUUUCACCUUUUCAGUGCGAGGCCACCAGUGGGACAGGCGUCUCUCUGUGGAGGUGUGGGACUGGGACCGCACGUCUAGGAACGAUUUCAUGGGAGCGCUUUCAUUCGGCGUGAGCGAGAUCUUCAGGCGUCCGAUCAGCGGCUGGUUCAAACUGCUGGCCCAGGAUGAGGGAGAGUACUAUAACAUCCCCGUGCCAGACCCAGACCUGCAGGAGCCUCAGCCAGACGGCACAAUACCCUCUCUGCCUCAAGCACUACCUCCUUCUCUGUCUGAGCCGUUCCCUGUGGCCCUGUCCCCGACCCCUGUGCCGUCCUGCCCGCCGGUCCACUCCCUCAGCCCUGCCAAAGUCAUAGUGGGAAUCCACGACUUCAACUUCCUCAUGGUGCUCGGCAAAGGCAGCUUUGGCAAGGUGCUGCUGGCGGAGGAGCGAGGCAGCGAGCGGCUGUUCGCAGUGAAAGUGUUGAAGAAAGACGUUCUCUUCCAGGACGAGGACACGGAGAGCGCCAUGGUGGAGAGGAGGGUUCUGGCGCUUUCCUCUCGCCCUCACUUCCUCACAUCACUCUACUGCGCCUUCCAGACUGAGGACCGUCUGUACUAUGUGAUGGAAUACGUGAACGGAGGAGACCUGAUGUUUCACAUUCAGAUAGUCGGCAAGUUCAAAGAGCCUCACGCAGCGUUUUAUGCAGCGGAGAUAGCGGUCGGCCUCUUCUUCCUCCACAGCAAAGGCAUCAUCUACAGGGAUCUGAAGCUGGAUAAUGUGCUGCUUGACAGCGAGGGCCACAUAAAGAUAGCUGACUUCGGGAUGUGCAGGGAGGGCAUGUAUGAGGGCGACACCACGCGCACUUUCUGCGGCACUCCUGACUACAUCGCCCCGGAGAUUGUAGCAUAUCAGCCCUAUGAUAAAGCAGUGGACUGGUGGUCCUAUGGAGUGCUGCUGUAUGAAAUGCUGGCAGGACAGCCACCAUUUGACGGUAUUGACGAGGAGGAGCUGUUUCAGUCCAUCAUGGAGCAGAGUGUCACAUACCCGAAAAGCCUCUCUCGUGAAGCCGUCGCUAUCUGCAAGGGACUCCUGACAAAGCACCCGGCCAAGCGUCUGGGUGGAGGCCUGGAUGCAGAGAGAGAAAUCAGGGAGCAUCCGUUCUUCCGCUGGAUUGACUGGGACCGUCUGGAGAGACUGGAGAUCCAGACACCCUUCAAACCCAGAACUGGUGGCAGAAAAGGAGAAAACUUCGACAAGUUCUUCACAGCAGCUCCGUCAGCGCUCACUCCCUCUGACCCGGAUAUAUUAGCAGCCAUCAACCAGGAGGACUUCCAGGACUUCACCUUCCAAAACCCAGACUUUGCCCCAUCGCCACUCACCGCCGUUUGAAAACGGCUCCCGAACCUGCAACCGCCCCCUCCGAGUACCACCCUGUUAAUCCCCUUAAUAGUAGUUUUAUAACAAAGAAUUUGAACAUGAGAAACUAGCAGCGAGUAUUAAAGACACCUCUCAUAACAGAUUCUGACGUUUACAUUAAAAUGCCAAGACACCUUUAUAUUCAUGCACUCUCUUUGAUGUGUGUAUUAUAUCUUGAUAGUCACAGAAUAUGUUGCAGCAAUGCAAACAAUGCCAGUAUUAUACUGUAGACUUCCAUCUUAGAGGUUUUUUGUGACACAUCCCUUAUAACUUGAUAUAAGAGUACUGUAGUAUGACCCUGAGAGAUGAAUCUGUUUUGCAUGCAAAAUGUUUUUAGAAUGAAUCACUUCUAGUUUUCUAGAGUUUUAGAUUAUCAGAGGCAAUAGACCUGUGUAACUAAUUUAUUUAAAACUUUUUCCAUUUACUUUGAUUAGAAUCAACCUUGUGUUAUGAAGAGCC